UCCUUGGAGAGGGCUCAACUAUUGUGAGCUAUCUUGGUGCCUGAGUCAUAGCUGCCCUUAUGACAUCAGAGGUCUCCUCCCUCCACUCUUUAUACCCAUGCCAUGGCUAAAUGAACACAGACCUGAGGGGAUUUGAACCAUCUGCACCCAAUCCAUGUGGGACCAAUGGAGAAGGACCAGCCUAAAAAAAUUAAUGAACACACUAAAAAUGAGCCUCAGCAGAAACGGGAACCUACUGGUUUAUUUUCAGCACCACUGACCUCAGAGAAGAAUGUGGAGAUCUCAGGAAACCAAAAUAAGCCUGCCACCAGUUAUCCGGAAGUUGUAAAGAUCCAGGCCUGGUGGCGCGGCACCCUGGUGCGCCGGACGCUGCUACACGCGGCCCUCAGAGCUUUGAUCAUUCAGAGCUGGUGGAGGCAGAUGCAAGCGAAGCUACUGGAGAAGAGGCGGUGGAUGGCGCUGGAGGCCUUUAUACAGAAGGAGUGGGCAGCAGUCAAGCUGCAGUCCUGGGUCCGCAUGUGGCGCAUCCAUCGGCGCUAUUGCUGUUUGCUCAAUGCUGCCCGCAUCAUCCAGGCCUAUUGGAGGUGCCACUCCUGCGCUUCCCAGGGUUUCAUCAAGGGCCACUACAGAGUCACGGCCAACCAGCUGCAUCUCGAGCUAGAGAUCUUGCUGGGCUCAGAGCCUUGCAUUGUGACGGAGUGUAUUCCCCUCCCAAUAAAGCAGUGAAGUGGUCUUUCCCCA